AUGCGCUUCGCUUCCGAUUUUCACACUGGUAAGGAUUUCGGAGUGGAUCUUCGAAGAGUACAGAUGAUCAAGCCGCUCACCUCCUCGCCCUUGGCCGCGGCCGCGGCCGUGCUCGUCGUCGUGUCGGCGUGGGGCGCGGACGCGACGAUCGAGACCACGUGCAGGGACGCAAGGGCGGGCGACCGGCGCGUGGACGUCGCGUUCUGCGUGCGCCAGUUCUUGGCGUACGAGGGCGCGGCGGAGGCGGAUACGUGGGGCCUGGCAAAGACGGCCGUGCUCAUCGGCAUCAACCUCGCCGACGACGCCAUCUUCGACCUCACCCACGGGAAGAUCCUCCCAGAGCCCAAGGACAAGAAGGCCGAGGCGGCCAUGGACGCGUGCGUGAAGGCGUACGACAAGGUGGGCCUGGCCUUCGCGGAGGCCUCCGACGAGCUCAGAGCGCGCCGGUACGCGGCGGCCAAGGAGGAGAUGGCGAGCGUCGCGCCGCUCCUGCAGCGGUGCGACGGCGGGCUCGUCAAGGUCGGGCUCCCGUCGCCGCUGCCCAGGUACAGCGCCGACUGCCUGCAGACGACCAUCAUUGGCAUCGCCAUAACAAACCUCGUCAAGUGA